CCUCCCCUCGGGACUCCUUUUCCCGCCCCCUCGCCCCCCGCGGAGUGCGCACGCGCCCGCCCCCAGCUUCGCGCCCAGAUCGCUGUCUAGCCUGCUCGCGCAGCCGCCGUCUCCUCUGCCCACCGACGAAGCAUGGGCGUCCAGGGCUUCCAAGAGUUCCUGGAGAAGCGCUGUCCCGGGGCCGUGGUGCCCGUGGACCUUCUCAAACUCGCGCGCACGGUCUCGCGCCAGCAGCAGCAGCACCAGCAUCGCCAGCUGCCACCUACGGCAGCCCUAGCGCCCGGGGCUCCACGCGCCGCCAGAGGCUCUGCGCCUCUGCAACCGCCGCUCCCGCCCGCCGCCUUGGGUGCCUACUCCGGGGGCGCAGGGCCAACUCGACACCAUCACCCCGCUCACCACUUCCACCACCACGGCCAGGCGCACCCGGGGCUGCACCCGCCGCCGCCGCCGCCGCCGCCCCCCCCUCCGCUGCCCGGGGCCCGGGUGUUGGUGGACGCGGGCUCGGCGUUGCCGCGGCUUUAUGGCGGCUACCAGACGGAUUGGGUGUGUGGCGGCCAGUGGAACGCCAUGCUGGGCUACUUGUCAGCGCUCUGUCAGGCUUGUGCCUAUCCCGGCGGCGACGGCCUGGAGCUGGUGGUUAUGUUCCCCGGGGGCCUGGGCAAGGACCGGCUGGCCGAGUGGGGCCGUCGGUGCCAGGCCGAGCGGCAGACAGCGCAACUGAUCGUGGGACACGUGGGCAACAAGGGCACCCCUCCUCCACGGGCCUGGUUCCUGCCACCGGCCUGCCUGAGCCACUGCGUGAGGCUAGCGCUCAUCCGCUUCCGGGUCAAGGUCUUUCAGAGCCUUGAAGACCACCAUUUGGAAGUGGUGGCUUUUUUCAGGGAAAAUGGCUUCCAUGGCCUUCUUGCCCAUGACUCCGAGUAUGCUCUCUACAAUAUUCCCUCUUACUAUAGUUCCCAUGCUCUGAAGCUCAGCUGGAAUGGGAAGAAUCUCACUACCAAUCAGUUCCUGAUGCAGGAGGUGGCCAAGCAGCUGGGCCUGAAGCGGAUGAAUUUUCCCAUAUUUGCUGCCCUGCUAGGUAACCACAUUCUCCCAGAUGAGGACCUGGCUGCUUUUCACUGGAGCCUCUUGGGACCAGAACAUCCCCUUGCAUCACUUAAGGUCAGAGCUCAUCAGCUGGUUCUUCCUCCUUGUGAUGUGGUAAUCAAGGCUGUUUCUGAGUACGUUAGUUCCAUCAAAGACCCCUCAAACCUGGAUGUGGUUGGGAAGGAUGUUUUCAAACAGUCUCAGUCCAGGACAGAAGAUAAAAUAGAACGAUUCAAGAAAGCAGUUGAGUACUAUUCAGUCACAACCAAACUCUCUUCGCUGCCAGUGGGUCCCUCCUCCUUUCUAGGCUUUCGGAAUAAUCGGCUUGGAAAUCCUCCCCUUCCGCGAAAUCAAAUGGGUACUAUCUCUGCUGGAAAACCAGUAUUCUCUCAUCACGUGCCCCAGAAAAUGAAAUAUCCACCACCAUUCCCAGUGGGACCCAACUCCUCUCUUCUCUUCUCCCCCCAUGCUUUGGGGGAAUCCCAUGCUUUUUCUGAGGAUUCCAUGCUGCAGGACAGCCCCUUUGCCAAUUGGGCUGUCUCUUAUGAUUCCCCUGCAUCCCAGUUUCCCAAUUACCUGACUUCCAAAGCCUCACCUCCUUUGGGACCAGACUCUUCCCACUCCUCUUCCUCUGAUGGUGAUGAGCCAAAUGGAGCCAGCUCUGAUCACAUCACAGAAACACUUCAGCAACAGCCUGGAUGGGAGGAUCCAAAUGGUGACAGGGGCUCCUGGGUGCAGCCCAUUGAUGCUGGAGUUUCAGAUGCCAGCCUGGGUGAUGGUGAGCCCCACAUCCCAUCUCUGCUCUCUAUGUCUACGAGGAACCACAUGGAUAUCACCAUUCCGCCCUUGCCUCCAGUAGCUCCAGAAGUCUUGCGGGUUGCUGAACAUAGACAUCGAAGGGGUCUUAUGUACCCAUAUAUCUACCAUGUUCUCACUAAGGGUGAGAUUAAGAUCCCUGUAUGUAUUGAGGAUGAGUGUAACAUGGAGCUGCCUCCAGCUGCUCUCCUGUUCCGGUCAGCUCGUCAGUAUGUAUAUGGGGUCCUUUUCAGUCUGGCAGAGACACAGCGUAAAAUGGAACGCCUGGCUAUACGGCGGCGGCUGCCUAUAGAAGUUCCUUCAGUGAUCCUUAAAGAAUGGUCUGCCUAUAAAGGGAAGUCACCUCAAACCCCUGAGCUGGUGUCUGCACUGACAUUUCGUGAAUGGACUUGCCCAAACCUCAAGAAGCUCUGGCUAGGCAAAGCAGUUGAGGACAAGAACAGAAGGAUGCGUGCUUUCCUGGCCUGUAUGAAGUCAGAUACACCCAGUAUGCUCAAUCCAGCUAACGUCCCCACCCAUCUGCUGCUCAUGUGCUGUGUACUCCGAUACAUGGUUCAGUGGCCCGGUGGCCGAAUCCUGCAUCGCCAUGAGCUAGACACCUUCCUUGCACAGGCAGUAUCUACACAGCUUUAUGAACCAGAUCAGCUUCAAGAACUCAAGAUUGAGAAACUAGAUGCUCGAGGGAUCCAGCUUGCUGCCCUCUUCAUGAGCGGCGUCGACACAGCUCUGUUUGCUAAUGAUGCCUGUGGCCAGCCAGUCCCUUGGGAACACUGCUGCCCCUGGAUUUACUUCGAUGGCAAACUGUUCCAGAGCAAGCUAAUUAAAGCAGGCCGAGAGCGAGUAUCCCUGGUUGAGCUAUGUGAUGGCCAGGCUGACCUGGCAACCAAAGUGGAAAAGAUGCGACAGAGCAUCCUUGAAGGAGUCAACAUGAACCAUCCACCACCUUCUGCUCUACUUCCAUCACCUACUUUUGUGCCUCCUAUGGUGCCCUCUCUCUACCCUGUUUCACUUUAUUCCCGAGCCAUGGGCUCAAUGCCACCUCCCCCUCAAGGAAGGAGCCGGGGGUUUGCAGGUCUCCAUCCAAUCCCACCCCAAGGAGGAAAACUGGAGAUUGCCGGGAUGGUUGUAGGCCAAUGGGCUGGCAGCAGAUCCUCCAGGGGCCGGGGCUCCUUUGGCAUGCAAGUGGUUUCUGUCGGUGGGCCAGGGAAAGGGCAUGGAAAGGAACAGACUGGUAGAGGAUCCAAAGGACAUAAAAAAGGAAAUAAACAAAGCACUUCAGAUGGAGUUUCUAAAUCCCUGGAGCCUCAUCAAGGUCGGUCCCGCUUACAGGUAAAUGGAAACAAUGGCACAUUGAUCAAGGAAGAGAAGAAUGAUCAUCUUCCAGCUCCAUCACAGUGUGCCUUAUCCAGAGACAGCAGUGUGUGUAAUAAUGGUAACCGCUACUUCCCCGUGAAGAAUGGCGAGAAGAGCCGCUUACAAGAGCAAAAGCUGGGAACUGUGGUGGCACAACAGAAAGAGGAAUAACGAGCAGAAGAUGACUUCACCAGAUCAGAAAGAGGGGAAAACCUAUACUUUUCUGAUUUUAGGCCCAAGUUAGAGGAGGACAUAAAAUGCUUACCCUAGUUUUAUCCAGAAAUUGGAUGGGAUGUUCUAUUGUAUCCAUCUUUUCCCCUUCUCUCUCUUUUUCUGAGCUUCCAGACUCAGUGGUCUGCUUCUAGGGAAGCUCUGAUCAAAGAUGAAUGGCAAAAAGACUAGUUCUUAUUCUCAAAUUGAGUAUAUAGUGCCAAUAGUCUCUUUACCUCCCCUGGGAACCUACUGAGGAAAUGACUAUCAGGUGUCAUCACGUAAGGCCUUAUAGAAAAGCUCCAGCUUUGGUUUUUAAGUCUUUAUCGUGAUGCUCAUUUACAAAACCCAUGGUGGCGGGGGGCAAGACAGCUGUCUAUGGCUUCCUAACUUGCUUUUUUCUUUAUGAAAUAGUAGGGCCUUCAUAUAUAAUCAGUGUCUACGCCCUUGUAACUCUUUCUCCCCACUCACCUAUGCCAGGAGUUUGUACUACCACCUCUAGCUCUGGCCUGACAAUCAGAUAGGUAGAUGUUUUCAGGGAAGUGAGGUAGUAUUGGUUAUUUAAUUUUUUAACUUUUUUUAAUUUUAUACACUUAAAAAAAAAACUACCAAUGGCCUUUGUACUGGGGGAUUCAAGUGAGUCAGAAAAGUACUGGGCAGAUUUUUCCUGCCUCUGAACUAAUGCAUUGUUUGUAAAAGAGAAGAUGUGGUGCAGUUUAUCCACACCCUGCUGCCCACACCCUGAAAGGGUGGAAUCAAUGUAAUGAAAUUGAGUACGAAAGGGAACUCAAAAGACUGUGUGUGCAUGUGUGUAUGUAUGUUUGUGUAUGGAUGUUUGGGUGGAUUUAUAUAUGAGUGUGUGUAUCUGUAUGCAUACACAUACCCUUUAUAUAAAGAGACAGAUCUAUUUAUGUAUACAUAUUUUAUAUAUAUAAAUAUAUAUGUAUGUGUGUAUGUAUAUAUAAAUACAUAUAUUUAUAUACAUGCACACACAUACAUACAUGAUGAUGUCCCAGAAGAUUUACUGAACUUCCCAGAAAUGCUUCCACUGCUAUGGAGUGGUGGGUUACAAAAGACCACAUUUUAAAAUCCUUACUAAGUCAUAGCCCAUCACAAUUAUGAGAAGAUGGGCUUCUCUAAAGCAGACAAAAAGUACUUUCCAGAGAUUGCCUGUUCAGAACAACAAGCAGUUGGGUUGUCACAAGCUUAAUCUUGAACAGAGUCCUCACAUCCUAUAUGGUAAAAACAGGAGGUUGGAAUAGGAUUGGGAAGAGUUGGGCAUUUUCCUGUGAAGGAGCAGCCUGAUUGGGAGAGAAAAGGGAAAUGGGAGGUAAUUACCAGGGCUUGCAGCCAGUUUGGAGGAAAUCUCAUCUGAAGCUCCAGGAUCAAACUGGCCUCAGGCUAGAAUUGCCGUGAAUCCCUAAAAGAGAGAGGACUAACAUUUGAAAGAUGGGGUAGGGAAGUGUGAGGAAAUCGACAAUUUGAUUUUACAUGCCUAGAUUGUUUCAUUUAUUCAUUGACAUUUUGACUACUGGAUCUUUUCAUUUGCUUUGCAAGGAAGACUUCAGAGGGCUCUGGCCCCAGGCCUUUAGGGGUAUUCCAUAAAAGGUUCCCAGCCCCCAAGUGAGGCCAGAAUCUGCCCAGAGCAAAGAGGCUAUUCCUCCUUGCUGGAGAUACUCUUGAGACAACCUUGCAUUUCCAGUUUCCCUCCUCAGCAGCUUAAAUAUGAGGGAUGGGAACAUGGCUUGCAACAGAUUAGCAUUGUGUCUUCAUUCAGGAUUUAAGGCUUCCAGCCUCGGACACCACCUCCUUUUGGGCUUUGUGAUAUUAUUGCCCAAGAAGUACCAUUUCUACAGGAAUACAACUGACUAGACUUCCAGCAGGGUUCUCUCUCUUUUUGAAAAACCCCAUGCACCUUAUCCCAGAUCAGGUCCUUGGUGAUUUUUUUCCCUAGACAACCAGAAGGCUGUUUUCUCACUGCCCACUUACAAUGAGUAUCAUCAUGAGAGACUGAAGACAGUCUCAGACUGUUUUAUCCCAGUCUGGCCCAAUUUAAGAGAACCCACAAUUUGCGGGGGAAGGGAGCUCUCAAAUGCCUCUCCCCUGCCCAGACUCUUCUUACAUAAACCAAAACAGAAUGACAAGAGUGCACACCCAGCCAGAUAGAACCAAGAACUAAGUAUGCAAGAACCUGUUCUAUAGAAUUGGCUCCCCUAGUGUGUUCCCCCUUCUUUUAACCUGCCCAACCUUGCACAACAUCUUGAAGGUUAGGACUUGUGUUCCAGCAACAGAGGGAUUUAAUAGAAAACUUUGAUGGCUUGGAAAUUUCUUUCUGGAGCCACAGAGGGAAGAAUCCUUUGGAGCUCUAAAAGUAACCAGAAUCACUGCGCUGCAUUAAAUUAAAUAUCCAUCUAUCUAUCUAUCUAUCUAUCUAUCUAUCUAUCUAUCUAUCUACAUUUUCUAAUAGGAAGUGCUUGGAAUUAUAUGGAAAGAUAUUUUCUUCAGUUGAUGUUUCUGUAAAUCUUGAAUCUAUUUGACACAAUCAAAUAACAGUAUUGUUAACUCUCACAGCGUUAAGAAGAUUUAUUAUUUUGUAGGCAUUCACUGUGAGAAGUAAAACUGCUGCUUUGACAGGGAUGAUUCUAGUUUGCCAAAAGGCUUGCUUUUCUCCCUUUCACACACCUCCACUUUCUCCUAGCCUGGCCCAGGAUGAAACAAGUGGCUCACUUCCAACUUUGAUUUUUAUUUGGUUUCAGCAUUUUGGAUUUGGAAGUUUACAAGAAAGAACCAUAAAGGGUCAUAUUCCUGUAUUUUAAUUUAUCUGCCAAAACAUACAAUUCAGAAGCCAAAAAAGACUGAGGUUUAUUACUAGAAGAUUAACUUUUUCUAAUUGCAAGAUUACCUUUUUCUGAUUUCUUUCAAAUUAGGGAAGGUGAGUCUGAUCUUUGCUGUGGGUACUACUUGAAGAGAUGUCAUCCUUCACUUGAGGUUCGAUUUCUGACUAUGAUGUGGCCUCUCUUGAACAAAGUCAUAUGUCAUAUAGGAACCCACAGAAAUGACCCUUUCACCCUGUAGGGCCAUAGGCAAAAGCACCCUGGAUGUAUAUAGCCUCUGAUCUCCAAGGGCUUGCAGUUCUUGAUUACCGCUGGUGUGUCUUGGGGGUCAGUGUAUAACUCCCACCCUGAUUAUUCAGUGGCCAGUCUAGUCUGGACCAGGCCUGACAAACUUCUGUUCACUUGUAUCAUUUUCACUCUGAGCCAGUAGGACUUUGGGUAGACUUUAAAGCUCAAGAAAUGACACUUGCUUUGGCUAGUGACAUUUGAUUUUUGUCUCCAUCUUGAUUUUCUGGCAUCAUUGGCCAAGUCACAUUAACUUGUUUCUAGUCACUGAGAAAAACAGCCAGAUAAAGCAUUAGGGAGGGUGUUUAAGGAGGGGGGUGGGGGGAGGAAUGCUUAUGUGGGGUAGAAAGAAUGUGGAAGUAACUGUUUGGUUAUAGUGAUCCAGUCCACUGGAACCUUAGAAGGCUCCUGUGGGCAUGUCAGUGCUACCCUUUCAGCCUCUAAGACUCCCCCACCCCCCUUUGAAAUGACAAUACAAGUAGACCACAGUUUAAAGUAGUUAGUAUAAUUCUACUAAGGUUUAAUCAUUAUACUUGUUCACUUCCUGGUGCAUAUUUUCUAAAUAUGCUUGGGGUUUUGGGGGGUAAGUUUUCACUGUUCCAUUGUGUGUCACCCUAUAUUUUUCUCCCUCUUGUGACUUUGGCAUCUUCUUUUAUUCGACUUUCCAUUUUCUUUUCCAUUGGCUUAUUGCAGUAGUCUGCUGGUGCAGGUAGAGCUCAGUGCACCUAUUCCCCUAUUACUGCUAAUUAUCUUCAGUAUUGUCAUAGGUUAUUUUGAUGUUCUAAGAAGAUAACUUCAUGUUUUUACAAAACCAUCUUUUCCAAGGUAAAAGCGAAACAAAAUACCCCCUGUGCUAGGGUGCCCACUGCAGCUUUUGACAUUGCCCUUGUACUUUUAUAGAUGCUCUUUUUGUCCGUGUUGGUAGUAACUAAUGACUAGUGAAUUUUCAUGUAAAUGAAACAAAUAUUUCAGAUUUUAUUAAUCUCUCAUAACCCUGCCAAAUCUGAUGACUUCAUUUUAGUUACUUCCCAGAAGACACUUCCCCUUCACCUUUUAUUUUAUUCUAUUCUAUUCUAUUUUUAGAAUAACAUACUAGGUUAAAAAAAAAAAAAAACCUUUGACUACAAGGAGUCAUUGAUUUUUAGUGCUCCCUGAUAAAUGAUGUUAUUGACAAAAGUAAGAAAUUCUUUCAUUGUUUUUUUCUGUGUUAAUAUCUCUUCUCCUGUGCUCUUGACAGUGUGUUUAGUGGAUGGAUAAUGUGUAUUUCUCUUCCAAAUUCCCUGCCUUUUUGGCCCACCUCACCACAAAAGCUCCAUAGUUUAUAAUGUAAGUUUGAAUGGAUGCUUCCUAGGGGAAACUGCAGGAGUUAAGGAAAGUGUUUCAGAAAGGAAUGAAAAUGUCUCAGGAGUUGUUCUGUGAUGGAAAUUGGUCUGUUGUUCUGUUAAUGCUGAUGGAAAGAAACUUACAGUGCUUAAUAAAAGUCUAUUCUUUUAGUAAAAAAAUGUGAAAUAA